AUGGUUCGAAUUCUCUAUGCGCCGUACACAGACAUCGCCUCCUUCACCAGCAUGUGUGGUCAGGUUCCGCCCCACCGAGUCAUGGCGUUCCUCAACGACCUCUUCACCACUUUUGACCAGCUGGUGGAGAAGCAUCAAGUUUACAAGGUCGAGACCAUCGGAGGUACGGCAUUGUCCGUUACAGAGGCCGUGGAUCCCCUGCACGCGCACAAGGUCUUUGCAUUCGCCGCCGACAUGUUGGAAGCGGCUCGCUGCGUGAUGAUGCCCGGUACCGGCCAGCCUGUACGACUGCGAGUAGGCAUCCACAGCGGCCCCGUCAUGAGCGGCAUCGUGGGGCGGAAGAUGCCCCGUUUUUGUCUGUUUGGCGACACAGGUGUGUGA